GGGGAUGUUUCCCGGCAAUCGCUGACAUAUCAUUCCCCAGCGUUUCCUCAUACGGCUAGCGUCCGGAAUCACGGAUCUUGUCUCAUUCCGACACUCGUCAACCUCGAACGGUCAAAGAUACAUGCUCAUCCUGACAUGGAUUUUCUUCUCAACUGUGGCAUCAAUCUCAUUGAAAACGGCAUGAGCAGAUGUUCCGCUGCUCACGACACUUUCUAUAAUUUUUUCAUUCAAUCUUUUGUGUAGUUGAAGACCAACAUGAACCUGCGGGGUUCCGAGCCUUCCGCUAGUGCUGAUAGAGACACACCAGUUCCUACUAAAUUAAGGCGCUCAUGUGAAGCAUGCAGGACAUCCAAAGGCAGAUGUUUACCAAGUGAAGAUGAUCCUACUCGAUGCGCAAAGUGUCUGAAAAGUAAGAAGAAAUGUGUGUUCUUGGAAACAAAACCUCGGCCGAAGAAGAUGAGAUCUUCUAGAGUGCGUGUUGCAGAGAUGGAACAAAAGCUUGAUGGGAUUUUGAAUCUUUUGGCAGCCAAAUCUCAAGCAGAGCCUCAGCCUAAUUCUAGCUCAGCACCCGUAUCUCCCCCGGAAAAUAUGCCGUUGGAUCUAUCAGAAAUGUUUGAGCUUUCUUUUCCGUUACUACCAUUGGAGAACACGACUCCCAGACCAUUCCAACAAACGACGUUGCCUACAACUUCAGAUGUUGGCUAUGGUGGCUUGCAUGAUGUUAUUUCGAAGGGCAUAGUCAGUACUAAAGAGGCUGAAGAUGCACUAAAAGAGUUUGCUAGUAGAGCUUCAGCCUUUCCGUUUGUGCUUCUUCCUCCGCGAAGUUCUCUAGAAAGCUUGAGGCAUGAACGACCUAUUCUUUUGCUUGCAAUCCUUGCGAAUACAAGCCAAAGCAAUCUCCCCGUGCAACAUCUUCUUGAAACUGAGCUACGCGAAACAAUAGCUAGCCGUACAAUCAUGCACGGAGAGAAGAGUAUCGACUUGCUACAAGGAAUACUAUUGUAUCUCGCUUGGUAUCACUAUCACUAUAACCCGGAGAAAGAAAAUCUAUUCCAGCUUACCCAAAUGGCAAAUACUAUGGUGAUUGAUCUUGGACUUCACAGACCAAAGCUUGGCGAGGUACAAUCGAGCUAUUCAAACACCCUUGGCUUUGAAUGCCCAAAAAACUUCACCUCAGCUCAGAUAGAGGAAAAAAGGACUCUUGUUGGAUGUUUCUGUCUUACAUCAUCAAUUUGUCGCAUUCUGAGGAAGGCCAAUAGUCUGAAGUAUCACGACUAUAUCGAACAAUGUUGCCAAGUAUUAUCGGAGGUCAGCGUAACCGAGACAGAUAGACUGUUGCCGUUUUUCGCCAGAAUUCAUCGACUUGGCGAAGAGGUCAACGACGCCUUUGAUUAUUCCAAUCAUGGAGGGCUUGCUAAUCUGGAUUCUGUACGAAUUGAGAUGUUCAAUAGAACUUUGUCUCAACAAUUUCAGGAUAUCCAAAGAUACUUUCCCGCCGAAGCUUGGAGCAAUUCCAUACUAAGAAUAUCGUAUGCACAUCUCCGUAUAUAUGUUGCGGAGAUAAGUCUUAACGUCGUUGCAUCGGACUCACAUCAAUUCAUGGCGACUACGUCACCAAGCCGAACCUCCUGGUACCAUUCUUCCUCAAGAACAGAAAUGUUGAUUCGCUGUCUGCAAGCUGCAAAGGAUUAUCUUGAUAUGGUGUUAUCUCUCACAACCCGCGAGUUCUGUCGUCUUACCGCACCAAACUACAUAGAAAUAUUCUACGCCCUCCUUGUCCUUGGAAAAUUCACCGAAAGUUGCGAUUCUCCCUCCCUCGACGACGGCCAAGUUCGCCAAGCCGCAAACCUCCGCUUCUACCUUGAUUCUUUGGAUGAAAAACUCGGCAAUCUCCUUGUAUAUAAUGAUGGUCAAGCUCAACGAAACAGUAUUUGGAAUAUGAAGCUCCUAUGUCAAGAAGUAAAAAAGUGGCAUACGCGAGUUGUUUCUGGAGCUUCGGAUUCCGAUCAAGUUAUGAAUCUCUCAUUUACACAGAUCAUACCAUCGAUUCAAGGACUUUGUGGCGAUCUGCUCACUUCGAUGGCGGGUUUCAACACAGGCGAAUCUUCGCCAUCUGAUAUUAUGGGUGAUUGGAUAGCAUUUAUGGCUUCUCAGAGCAAUGUAAGGUCGGGGUGAUAUGGUUAUUUUUGCUACAGAGAUGUAAAGUAGAUGUUGGGUUUCGCAAUUAGGUUGGCUUGAUGCAAGGAGUUUCUCGCGCUGGGAGGAGAAAGAGGCCAACUUUCUCUUUGAAUUAUUGACGCACAAUCUUUCAGGGUUGAUUGAUUUUUUUUUUUUUUUUUUUUUUUUGUGAUGGAGCCGGCAUUUUGGCGUUGGACUACUAUAGAGCAUGGCUUGUAUAUGUAUGUGUAUAUUUAUAUGUAUGUCAGACUGGGAAUAUUGAUAGCGUUGGAGAAUUAGUAUUUGGCGUUGAAUGAUUUUGGGAUUGAAGAAUAGUAGGCAUGGCAUCGAUAAGCAGAUACUGCCAACUCUCAACCUUUUUUUUUUGCGCAAUUUUUAACACAUGAAAACUCUGUGGUGGGUGGAUGGAUUCCAAAUGUAUGGUAACGAGCAAUGUAAUGAGUAAAAUGAUGUUAUGUUUUGGGAGGCGGGGGUUGAGUUAUUAGGAGGUAGAUGAUAUAUAUAUAUAUAUAUAUAUUUUUUUUUUGAUUGGUAACCCCUUACUUAUUAUAUGUAGAUGCAAAAUAUCAAUGA